UUCUCUGACACAGGCAGCAGAAAAGAACAUGUUAAAAUCACAAGUGAGUCCAAACCAGGGUUCCUGGAGAGGCUCAGCGAGACUUCCGGAGGCAUGUUGGUGGGACUUGUGACAUUUCUUCUGUCUUUCUACCUUCUUUUUACCAAUGAAGGACGAGCUUUAAGGACAGCCAAAUCUCUUGAUGAGGGACUUUCUCUUGUGAUCCCUCUUGAUAGCAUCCACAGUGUGUCUCAGCAGAAUGAAGGGAGAUUGGUGCACUUAGCUGGCGCUCUGAGUACACCUAAGCCUCUGUUUGAUCCCAGCUAUGGGCUCUCCAUCCAGGCUGUCAAACUUAAGCGUAAUGUGGAAAUGUACCAAUGGGUAGAAUAUGAAGAUUCCACGGAAUAUGAAGAGAAUGGUGAGAUUAAGAAAGAGACAAAAUACUCAUACAAUACUGAAUGGAAGUCGGAAGUUGUGAACAGCAGAAACUUUGAUCGAGAAAUUGGACACAAAAACCCUAGUGCCAUGGCUGUGGAGUCUUUCACUGCUGUUUCUCCUAAUGUCCAAGUUGGCAGCUUUGUUCUUUCCAAGGGUCUUGUGGAUAAAAUUGAUAACUUCAAGCAGCUGAGCUUGUCACACCUUGAGGAUCCACAUGCUGAUGUUACCCGAGGAGGAGAUUACUUUUACCACAGUGAGAACCCCAGGCAUCCAGAAGUAGGAGACCUGCGUGUCUCAUUCUUCUAUGCAGGUCUGAGUGGAGAUGACCCCUAUUUGGGUUUUGCUGAUAAGGUGACUGUGAUUGCUCGCCAGCAAGGCGAUCAGCUGGUUCCGUAUCAUACCAAGUCUGGAGAUGUCCUGAAGAUUCUGUAUGCUGGGGAUCUCUCUGUGGAGGAAGUGUUUCAGAAAGAGCAUGAGAGUAACACCAUGAAGACCUGGGCCCUCCGUGCAGCAGGCUGGCUGGCAAUGUUUGUAGGCAUCAGCCUAAUGACCCGAAUCUUUCACACUUUGGUGGACUGGUUUCCUGUUGUGAGAGAUCUGGUUAACAUUGGACUAAAAGCAUUUGCCUUCUGCGUAGCCACUUCGUUGUCGCUCCUGACCAUCUCCAUUGGCUGGCUCUUCUACCGCCCUCUCUGGGCUUUGCUGAUCGGAUUGCUCUCUGUAGUUCCAAUUGUGGUUGCGAAAUCUCGUGUUCCACCAAAGAAGCAGCAGUGAGGAGGAGGUGGUCAGGUUUGGCGCCGAAUUCUGGUUAGAAACCUUUCAAGUGCAUUUCUGUCCCAGUUACUGCAGCAUGCUUACAGCAUAUCACAGUUCAGCAGUGUGCACCAA